GUAAAUUUACAAUAUUGAGAGAUAUUAAAGACAAGAAACGUAGAAAGAAGAGAGAGUGAGAGAGAGAUGGGAAGAGGGAAAGUGGAAGUGAAGAGAAUUGAGAACAAGACCACAAGACAAGUAACCUUCUCCAAAAGAAAAAGUGGUUUGCUCAAGAAAGCCUACGAACUCUCUGUUCUAUGUGAUGCGGAGGUUUCUCUCAUAAUCUUCUCCAACGGUGGCAAGCUCUACGAGUUCAGCAAUGUCGGAAUUGGCCGAACCAUUGAAAGGUACUAUCGUUGUAAAAACAACUUCUUGGACAAUGAUACGCUUGAAGAUACUCAGGGCUUGCGUCAAGAGCUGACAAAUCUCAAAUCCAAAUACGAAUCUCUUGUUCGCACUCAUAGACGCAGGUUACGAUGGAACAAAUGGAAGAGCUUCGGAGAAAGGCAAGAGAGGGAGCUCGGAGAUAUAAACAAUAAGCUAAAGCUUGAGACAGAAGAUCAUGAUUUUAAAGGCUUUCAAGACCUAUUGCUUAACCCGGUGCUCACGGCCGGUUGUUCCACUGAUUUUUCGUUGCAAUCAUCUCAUCAAAAUUAUAUAUCGGAUUGCAAUGUGGGAUACUUUUUACAGAUUGGGUUUCAACAACACUAUGAGCAAGGUGAAGGAUCUUCGGUGUCAAAGAGUAAUGCAAGAAGCGAUGCUGAUACCAACUUUGUCCCAUGAUGGGUUCGUUGACUUGGUAUUGACUAACUAGUCACGACGAAGCGUUUAGGUCAUUUACUAUAUAUAUAAGGACAUACUCUUUUCUUUCAAUUAUUUGUUAGAGUUCUCGUUGAUUUAUUGGAGGUUAUAUAUGCGAUAAGUAUGUGCCACUUACAGAUUCUUACAUUAUAUCUAAUGUUUUUGCGAUUAGUAGAUUUUUUUUGUUAACUCAGCCGUUUCAUAUUCGUAAAGCAUGUUAUAUGUAUUGUUUGUUAAUGAACGAUUUCAACCGAA